AACGCGCAGGAUUUGAACAGUCAAAAGUUCCACAUAAGCGCUUGGUGGCUGACAACACCGCCAAGAUACGUGGCCCGUGUAUAUUCCGCUGGUCGUGUUCUUGUUUAUAUUUUUUACUAGAAAAUAUCGUGGAAAAACACUCCAUAAGCCGUACACGGCUUAACCAGCACGAUGAACCCGCAAUACCUGCCCCCAGGGCCCAACAACAAUGCACCGAACAACCCACUCGGCUCCGAAUACAACGGAGUCCAGAACGCCAAUAUGUACAGUCAGAACGGACCACACAAGCCAUACGAUAGCGAUAUGGCCCAGAAAAUGCAGGGCAUGAACUUGAACGGAGCUCAGGGCUUCUCCCAACUACCACCCGGACAGUUACCACCUGGCGCUUUCCCGCCAACAUCCAAUUUUGGUGGACAGCCUGGAUUCCGACCACCGAGUGCAGGACAGUUCCCGCCAAGACCAAUGCCUGGGCAGCCACCGCAAAGUCAGACUCCUAAUUUAGAAAACAGGCCGUUUCCGCAAGGGCCGAUGCAAGCAAAACCACCUAGUCAGCAGGGUCCCGGGCCGAUGGCAAAUCGUCAACCUCCCGGUCCGAUGGGGCCUCAAGGGCAAUUGCCUCCUGGUGCUCAACCUCAUCCUGGUAUGCCACCUAGUUCGCAACCAGGCCAGAUGCCUCCAGGCCAAGGUCCUCCAAGUCAGUUCGGUCAGAUGCCUGGACAGGGUCCACCUGGUCAAUUACCUCCAGGACAAAUGCCUCCUAGUUCACAGGGUCUCGGUCUGCCUCCUACAUCACAGGGCCCGCUCCAUAUGCCUCCUGGCCCUCAACCUGGAGGCCCACAGAGUCAGCCUGGUCAAAUACCAUCACAAGGACCGCCUGGGCAAAAUCUUCAAGGCCCAGGACAACCUCCAAGUUCCCAAGGACAGUUGCCUCCACAUAGUCAGCCAGGACCCCAAGGUCCGGGACCUAUGGGUCCUCCUGGACAUAAACCUAUGCAACCACCAAUGCCCGGGCAACCACCAAUGCCUCAACAACCACAAAUGCCAGGACAACCGCCGAUGUCUCAGCAAUCACAAAUGCCAGGACAACAACCGAUGACUCAGCAACCCCAAAUGACAGGUCAACCACCCAUGCCACAGCAACCACAAAUGCCAGGACAACCUCGUGUGUCUCAGCAAUCACAAAUGCCAGUGCAACCACCAAUGCCUCAUCAACAAAGGCAACCAGGCAUGCCACCUUUUGGAGCGCCUCAGUUUCCUCAAGGGCAACCACAACAACCAGGGUUACCACCGCAACCUGGGCAACCACCGAUGCCUGGACAACCUCAAGGGCCUGGGCAACCGCCACAAAUGCCUGGACAACCACCGAUGCCUGGACAACCACAAAUGCCUGGCCAACCACAAAUGCCUGGGCAACCACCAAUGCCUAGCCAACAAAUGCGUCAACCAGGAUUGCCGCCUCAACCCGGUGCGCCUCAGCAACCACCAACAUCGCAAUUCAGCCAAUACUCUGCGUCGUUACCGGGCAUGCCGCACAUGCCGCCCCCGCUGCAGCAAAAGGGACCUUAUGGUCAACCUCCGAUGCCUGGGCAACCCCCAAUGCCAGGACAACAAAUGCCCGGGCAACCCCCAAUGCCAGGACAACAAAUGCCCGGGCAACCCCCAAUGCCAGGGCAACAAAUGCCCGGGCAACCCCCAAUGCCAGGACAACAAAUGCCCGGGCAACCCCCAAUGCCAGGACAACAAAUGCCCGGGCAACCCCCAAUGCCAGGACAACAAAUGCCCGGGCAACCCCCAAUGCCAGGACAACAAAUGCCCGGGCAACCAAUGCAGCCGAUGAUGGGACAACCGCCCAUGCCCAUGCCUGGUCAACCGCCCAUGCCUGGGCAACCGCCGAUGCAGCAAGGGUAUCAACAACCGCAAUCCGGGUACCCGCCGCAGUACCAGCCGCCGUUCCCCGCCCAGCAACCCGGGUACCCCGCCCAGCAACCCGGGUACCCCGCCCAGUACGGCCAGCAGCCUCAGAAACGGCUCGACCCUGACCAGAUGCCAAGCCCCAUCCAGGUGAUGGCGGACGACCAGGCAAGCCGCGGCGGCGUGUUCAGUACCAACGAGAAAGGCGCCGUGCCACCGCUAGUUACUACUGACUUCAUCGUAGACGAUAAAGGAAAUGCUAGUCCGCGAUUCAUCAGGAGUUCGAUGUACAACGUGCCGGUGACGGCAGAUCUGUUGAAACAAACCGCCAUGCCGUUCUGUCUUGUGAUAUCUCCCAUGGCGGAAACGUUUGAACAAGAGCGGCCGCCCCCCCUCCUCGACUUCGCAGCUUUAACGGGGAGUCCAACUUUGGGCCCGGUCCGCUGCUCGCGCUGCAAGGCCUACAUGUGCCCCAACAUGAAGUUUAUAGACGCUGGAAGGCACUUUAAGUGCGCCUUUUGCAAGGCUACCACUGAAGUACCCAUGGAGUACACACAGUACAUCAACAGCAUGCAGCAAUACGGACAUCUGCCCGCAGAAAUGGCGCUCGGUGCCUACGAGAUCGUCGCUACGAAGGAGUAUUGUCGAAAUAACACAUUGCCUAACCCGCCCGCCAUAGUGUUUUUAAUUGACGUAUCCUACAAUGCUAUCAAGAGCGGCCUCGUCCACACCAUCUGCGAGAACAUACAGGAGAUCAUUGAGGCGAUACCGAAAGACGAGCAAACUGGUAAGAGUUGGACCCGCGUCGGUUUCAUCACCUACAGUUCCACCGUCCACUUCUACAACAUCAAGGGUUCCCUAGCGCAGCCCCAGAUGUUGUCCGUGGGUGACGUGGCGGACAUGUUCGUACCUUUACUGGAAGGGUUCCUCGUGACGCCAGAGGACAGUGGGGUGGUGCUGCAGGCACUGUUACAGCAGCUACCCAAUAUGUUCUCGGACAACAAGGAGACGGAGACGAUAUUGCUGCCAGCCGUGCAGGCGGGAUACGAAGCGCUAAAAGCGGCAGACACAUCAGGCCAACUGCUCGUGUUCCACACAACUUUGCCCAGUUACAACGCGCCGGGCAAACUUAUCAACAGGGAGGACAGGAAACUACUUGGCACGGAUAAGGAGAAACAGAUCACUACGCCGCAAACGACUGCGUACAACGAGCUAGGCCAGCUCUGCUCUCAAGCCGGCGUGGCGGUAGAAAUGUUUAUAUGCAACAACGCGUACGUCGACUGCGCCACUAUUGGACAACUGCCGAGGCUGACUGGCGGGGAGCUACACAAGUACACUUACUUCCAGGCGGACUUAGACGGUCCCAGAAUAGUGUCGGAUGUGAUCCGUGUGGUGUCCCGUCCGACGGCGCACGACGCGGUGAUGCGCGUGCGCACGUCCACAGGAGUCCGCGCCACCGACUUCUAUGGACACUUCUUCAUGUCCAAUACGACUGAUGUUGAAUUGGCUGCCAUUGACGCGGACAAAGCGAUUGGCGUAGAAAUAAAACACGACGACAAACUAACAGGCGAAGACGGAGUAUACAUACAGGCUGCUCUAUUAUACACGCACCGGAGCGGCCAGAGGCGAUUGCGGGUGCUCAAUCUGGCACUAGGCGCGGCGCCGCAACUGGCAGAUGUUUAUCGGAGUAUGGAGCUUGAUACGACGCUCAACUUCCUUACUAAACAAGCUGUCUGGGCGCUCAGAGAACACACCCCCCGCCAAAUCCGCGAAGGCCUGGCCUCUCGCUGCGCCAAGUCGCUCGCAGCCUACAGGAGGCACUGCGCCUCGCCGUCGAGUGCUGGGCAACUGGUGCUACCGGAGAGUAUGAAGCUACUACCGCUGUAUACUAGCUGUGUGCUGCGAUCGGAUGCAUUAGGAGCAGGCACGGACAUAACCUGCGAUGACAAGUCGUGCGCGAUGUACCGCACGCUAACUGCCGACGUGUCGACUUCCGUCGUGUACACGUACCCGCGCCUGCUGCCGUUACACCGCGUUGCAGAGGAGCCCGCGCUCACGCCGCUCAGGGCUUCCAUGGACAAGAUGAACGACCAAGGAGUUUAUUUAUUAGAAAAUGGCGUCCACAUGUUAAUCUGGGUCGGCUCGCAAGCCCCGCUUGACUUUUUACGGGACGUGUUCGACGCGGCAUCCCCCCAACAGAUAGACACGCGCGUUUGCACGUUGCCUGAGCUGGACAACCCGCUCAGCGUCGCUGUGAGAGGCGUGUUAGAAGAUGCGACCAGGUCAAGAAGAAAGGCUAUGAGGCUAACCGUGAUGCGGCAACACGACAAGCUGGAGACCGUCCUCCGGCACUUUCUGGUCGAGGACCGCGGCGUGGACGGAUCCUCGUCCUACGUGGACUUCCUCUGCCACAUCCACAAGGAAAUCCGCGCGUUGCUAUAGCAUUUGUACUAUUAACGCGCUUAAUUGCGCGUAUCACGCACGCGGU